AUGGCAGAGAACGAGCUGGCCCAGAAGCUGCAACGCCGCCUGGUGCUGAAAGAAGUCGAGCCGCCGGCGGACAAUGGAGAUGCAGCCGAGCCCGAGAACGGCACGGAGGAGAAGCCUGUCACAUCCAACGCCGACUCCGAGCUGAGUGCCAAACUGAACCGGAGGAAUGACAUCAAUGCGGGCGCCGCGGUGCCAGCCAACCGGACCCACAUCUUCAACCCCUACACCGAGUUCAAGGAGUUCUCCCGAAAACAGAUCAAGGACAUGGAGGCCAUGUUCAAAGAGUAUGAUACAGGACGUGAUAACUUCAUAGACCUAAUGGAGAUGAAGCUGAUGAUGGAAAAGCUGGGAGCUCCACAGACACAUAUAGGAUUGAAAAACAUGAUCAAAGAAGUGGAUGAAGACUUUGAUGGGAAACUGAACUUCCGAGAGUUCCUGCUAAUUUUCCGUAAAGCAGCAGCUGGGGAGCUGGAAGAGGACAGCGGGCUAAUGUCACUAGCCAAACUCUCCGAAAUCGAUGUAUCCACCGAGGGGGUUCUGGGUGCCAAGAGCUUUUUUGAGGCCAAGGUUCAGGCCCUGAGUUCAUCAAGUAAGUUUGAAGCUGAGAUUCGGGCAGAGCAGGAUGAGAGGAAGCGACAGGAGGAAGAUAAGAAAACCCGCAGAGCUGCCUUCAAAGAGCUGAAGUCUGCAUUUAAUUAGUUGCUGACCGUUCCCUGACUCAUGUCCGGCCUUGGUCUUGCGUUGUUCUAAACAAAACCCAGCCUAAGGCUCUGGCACUUUGGCUAUUCUUUACAGUCAGGACUAGUCUCAUGCAUGUAAGCCUGCUGAAGCAGAGAACUUAGUCCAUCAUAAUAUUUUACUGCAAGGAGGUCUUGACUUGGGCUUAGUCAAGAUGCUGAGAAAGGUCUUUCAACUCUUAAAUAGCGUUUUUUGCUUACAUAUAUCCUUCAUUCCUAGUUCAAAUGUGCCUUAGGUAAUUGCUGCUAGCUGGUCAAAGUGCUGCCCUUAUUUACCAGUUUCUGAAAUGUUCUACUU